ACUCCCUUUUUCCAUCUGUCUGUCCCAGGUGGCAAAGCUGGCAGCUGCUGCUUCUGGUCUGCCAUUUGCAUUUAUUACUGUACAUGCAGCGACAGAAAAGGAAUCCAAGGGUCAGAUGAUGAAGCCAAAUCAGCUUCCAAUUUACUGUCCACCACCUCUGAAAUCAAAAUACAUUGAAGAGCAGCCUGGUCACUUGCAGAAGCAAUUUUCUUCAGUAAGACAGACAACCGGCCGCUAUAUUGGAUGGUGCAAGGAUGCUUUUGUCUUUGUUAAAAAUGGAAUAAUGGAUUCAAUUCAAUUUGGGAAAGAUGCUUACAUUUACCUGAAGAAUCCACCACCAGAAUUUCUUCCCAAAGUUGGUGUAAUUACAGUAUCAGGCUUAGCUGGCAUAGUGCUGGCAAGAAAAGAUUCUAGAUUUAAGAAAAUUGCUUAUCCUUUGGGACUUACUACUUUAGGAAUUUCUGUUUGUUACCCAGCUCAGUCAGUGGUAUUUGCUAAGGUAACAGGGAAAAAGUUAUUUUCUGCAAGCCAUCAAACCUAUGAAGCUGUGCGAUCACUAUGGGCAAAAAAAGAUGUCACCAAGCUGCAGCAAGAGUCAAAAUCAGUUACACAAGAAGAUAAGAAAGAGAUUUCUAGUACAAAACCCGAGUCUGCUAUUGAGCCGAGAUCAUUUAACACAACAGAACCUUCUCCAGUAGAGUCUUGGAGUAAUAAAGAUCCAGUGCCUUCAUCAGGAACAGUGAAGACACCAAAAUUUAAGCCUGAUCCAAAACUUAUGGACCAUGGUCAGUCCAGCCCAGAAGAUGUGGAUAUGUACAGUACUAGAAGCUAAGACGAAUCUGCUUACGAAUCUUUGCAAAGUAUUACAGAUAAGGGGGAGGGAAGGAAUAAUCCUUACAAUACAUACUCUGUGAGGUAUAAUUUAAUCAGGUAUUUUCUUAAUUCCCAAUUUGUAUUAUUGACUUACAUGAUUCUGUUUAGCGAAUAUUUUGUUGCUCACUACUUACAAGCAGUGAGAAUUCACUCAUUGUCAGUGUCAUUAGCAAGACACUGAGAAAAUGAGAUUUGUCAAUGUCUUCUCACAAUGAGCUUGUUAAUAAAUGUCGCUUCAC